CUGACUAGCAAACGUCGUGGCACGCUGUUUUCCACUGAGAUGGGAGUGAAUUAAAAUGUUGCAAGUUUAUUAAAUCGUGCUGAAAACUGUGUAUCAGAAAUCUGUAAAAACAUUGACUGCAGAGUUGGGCACUGUUAUUAUACGGCUAGCUCUCAGUAUGAACGCUGCUUACGUGGGACUCAUUGGGCUCUGACAAACAUACAACACCGCGUGACAUCUCACAAAACAUAUUCGAGUGCCACUGUUGUCUGUGACAGGAUACUAGAUCUCUAAAAUAUUGUUGUUGUGUGACAGCAGUUUUAAUUGUAGUGCUGUGAAAUAAAUGCCGUUUUGUAAGUAGUAAACAUUAAAAAAAAUACUGUCAUUGGAACGAUGAUGUGAUUGUUAUUUCAAAAAUGGGCGUUUCACGUUUUUUGCUCGUACAUUUAUAAUAUGCUAAGAACUGCGCAACGUACACGGCUGAGGGCCGUACUAUAAUUUACGCUUGGAUUUGUAGUGUACACUGUGAAACAAAAACGGACUUAUUUCUGAACCCUUGGUCAGCUGGACAAACAACCGCCGCGAAAAUGAUCAACCCAUUCAUGGAGUCGCACGCCAGCCAUCUCCCACCGGGAGCGAUGAAGCUGAGUCCGCCCCAUCACAUGACGGACACCGGAAGUUUGCACAACCAGCUGAACCAGUACGUACCGCAGACCAACGGCUACAGCGUCGGUAUGACUCCAUCGCACCUGUCCAGCUAUGCGUCACGCGACUACCUCCUCCGCCGCGACAUGGGCCUCCAAGACAAUAGCAUGUUCAUCCCCUCAUCCAGCGGCUAUCACACGUCGCACCACGACGCCGGAAGCGGUCACAUGCUAUUUCCGGGAAUCCACGACGCGACGUCGCACCCGGGUCAGCUCAACAGCCAGAUGCGACUCGGCCUCACCGGCGCGGACAUGUAUUCUAGGGACCACUUUAACCAGAUGGGAGCGCCGACGCGCGGCGUCGAUCAUUUCGCCGCUCACCAGUCGCACUUCAACAGCAUGAACCCGAUGAAUGCCAUGAACCAUAUGUCCAUGGGUCCGCACGGACCCGGUGCCUUCUUCCGCUACAUGCGACCACCGAUAAAGCAGGAACACACGUGCCUCUGGCUGGAAAAGGACCAGCCAGAGCCUAAGAAACCGUGCAAUAAGACUUUCUGCACCAUGCACGAGAUCGUGACGCAUAUCACAGUAGAGCACGUGGGGGGACCGGAACAGACGGACCACGCCUGCUACUGGCAGAACUGCCCGAGAGACGGUCGGCCCUUCAAGGCAAAGUACAAGCUGGUGAACCACAUCCGAGUCCAUACGGGCGAGAAGCCGUUUCCGUGCCCGUUUCCGGGAUGCGGGAAGGUGUUCGCGCGGAGCGAGAAUCUGAAAAUCCACAAGCGAACCCAUACAGGUGAAAAGCCGUUCAAGUGCGAAUUCGACGGCUGCGAUCGGCGGUUUGCCAAUAGCUCAGACCGGAAGAAGCACAGCCACGUGCACACGAGCGACAAGCCGUACAACUGCAAGAUCCGGGGCUGCGACAAGAGCUACACACACCCGAGCUCGCUCCGGAAACACAUGAAGAUCCACGGGAAGACUUCGCCGCUACCGGAAGACUACGAAUCCGACGACGACGGCUGCCAUAGCAACGACGAGGACGAAUCGAUGUCCAGUCCGGCAGACAUCAAGCCGCUGACGUCGGGGACGCCAACAUCGGUGAACUCUCAGUCCGGGAGCCUGUCGAACGCGUCGAGUCCAACCGUGAACUCUCAUAAUUCCCAUAAUCCUCUCUCCUCCGUCGCUCACGAAAUCGCUCACAGCGCCGCCGCUGCGUCCAAAUUCAGCGAGUGGUACGUGUGCCAGACGGCGGGCGGCAUGCCGACACCGCCAAGUACCGAACACUCUCCUAUAGGUGGCCUUGGUGGCGGCCUUGGCAGUCACAUGCACGCGCACCUGCCUUCCUUGCACCCUCCGUCACUGUUGCAAUAUUCAUGACGCUAGGAGAAACGUUCAAACGUGCAAUGAACUCAGUAAUUUUGGUACUAACAUGCGGCUUGCGCCAAUUUGGAUGGCUUCAAUUUGAGGAGAAGUGGGGACAGACGAAAGCCAGAAAAGGGCUUUAAAUGCCUAUUGUCUGACAGAUAUUUUUGGUUGAACGUUUGGUGAUAAGUAUUGUUUUAGUGAAAAGAACAAAACAAAUAGCCUUGAUAUUAGCAAAACGUUGAAAACGGUGUCUAUUUUUUUAACGCUCGAACUGACGUUUUUGCAAAUGCUGAAGGAAUGAACGUUCGAUAUGAAUAAAGAUGUGGUGUAUUUUGUUAUACUUUCUGCUAAAGGCAAACACAGGAAUGCCUUUACACUGUUUUAGUAUCGUUGACCAAAAAGUGUUCUUAGCGUAUCUUUCCGGUAUAAACGGUGCAGUCUUGAACUGGCUGUGUGUCAGACAGUUGUUUUUAAAGAGGAACAAGAAGUUCGCCGGAAACAACGCCGUUUUUCGUGCGGACUGAGCAACGAGCGAUCUCUAAGCAUGCACUACAUGCUGCAAACCGAGUAUAAUGCAUGUGCGUCUGAUACCAGAUUAACAUGGGCUGUCCCCAUGGUCAAUCAGGGACGAAGGUUACCGCUAAACUUGGUUUUCCUUUAAACAAAAAAUACCAAUUAAAAUAAACGUCUCGUCCCUGAUAAGCCAAUGUGGACAGGUUCAAUCAGAGACGACACUUUACGCACAUGCAUUAAGCCCGGUUUUCCAUAGCGGUCUCUGUUUAUUGACUGCGGGUGAAGAUUUACAGCACGUUGUUGUGGUAUGAUUAUUUCCACACGAAAAGCUCUAUGGUUAUUAUGUUUCUAUGUAAACUGUGCUGAGGACGUUUUAUUUUAAUGGAGAUAGUAAUAUAUAUUUAUUUUUUGUAAAUUAUCAAUAUCUUAUUACUAUAUAUAUAUGGUUAGCUGACAAUUAUACACUGCAGAUAUGUGGCUAUCACCGUCAACCUAAAUAUAUUUUUGUCGAAUUUGUCUUGAAGCUACCUCAACCAAAUUACUAAGUACGGUUACAAGGUUGUUAUGCUGGGCCAGUAAAAAGCACAUUUAUCACAUACAUUACAGUCAAUAAAAUAAAGCAGUUUUUUUCACAGACGCUUAACAAGAAUAAUUGGUUCACAUUUAUGUAAUUAAAUCAGAAACGUAUAAGCCGCAUGCACAAAUAUUGUAUAUCUAUUUUGAAUAAUUUUGUAGCACCCCCGGGUCGAGGGAUUAAUGACUUCAUAUUUUUGGGCUCAGAUAGAACGGGCGUUUCAUAUAGACAGUGUGUAAAAUAUUCAGCUAAAACCGAAUUGUCAUGGUAAUACUAUAUGGAGUUUGUAUUAAAAUGUUAUUGAUAUGUAGGAGGGUCAUUUUUAAAUCGCGAUCGAAAAUCCAAAAAAAGUUAAAUACGAAAACAUUUUUAUGAGUUAUGAUCUAGUUGUAUAAUUGAAUCCGAACUGUGACUCAUGCGUAUAAAUAUCAUGGGGCGUUCAAAUGUAUUUUUUUAAUUUUGAUAUUUAAAACAAAAUUCAGUUUCAUUGAGAUGGGCAUGUUUUUGUGAUCUCUUAGUUUUCACUAUAAUUGUUAAUUUUUAAUACGCAAUCUUUGUUGUUUACUGUAACCCAUUAAUUUAUAUAAAGAAUGCCGAAAUAUUUGAUCCUCAUAUAAGAGUUUAAGAUGUAAUGAGCAUUUCAAUUAUACAUUUGAGUUUGCAAUAAUUUAUUUUUAAAAUUUAAUUCUUUCAAAUGUAUUGACUGAUUUUUUAUAUUAAUUGGAACAGUCUUUUAAUAGAGCAAUACAUGUAUAUUUAAACAUGUUUUAGAUUGACCUCAUGGUACAUUGUCAAUAUUAUAUAUGCAUAUUGCGUAUAUAAUAAAUAAGCUAUUUUAUUUAUUGCGCAAACAACGAUACAUGCAUGUUUUCUUGCCAUAUUAUGACAACGUACCGGUAUAUUUGUGUAAAUAUGUAAAGAGUAAUAACACGUAUUUUAUUCGAUCUCCAACUGUUUUCACUUAUGUUUUUCUGGUUAUUUAUUUGACUUAAGUAGAAUAAUGGCGAUAUUUGACGCAAGAUAAUGACUACGCAUUUGUUACGUAAGUUUAAUACAUUAUGACAUAUAAUUAAUAUACCAGUAAAUUAUUGGUAGACGAAUUAGUGUUAAUACUAUUCUGUUUUAUGCUCUUUUCCACAGAAAUACAUUUGCCAGUUACCUAGUCAUGUCUUUUAGAAGGAUCAGAAGUUUUUUUAUCAUGUAAUACAAAAUAACCAAAGGCAAUAAGUUUAUUAUUUCAUUAAACAUAUAUUUUUGUUACCAUUGUUCGGUCUACAGAUGUUGUUGUACGUGGACACCAAAAGACACAUCGUGUAAGUGAAUUGUUUGCAUUGUAAACAAUUUUAGCAUUUAUUCAGUUUAUGUAUUGAAUAAUAAUGUAAAUACAACACUAGUUUUGUUACGCUAAAGCAGUUGAGUUCUGUUUUGUUUGAUAAUAUAUUUAAUGGUAUUUAUGUUCGCACGUAAGAUAACAUUGGUGUUUAUGUUUUAAUAAUUAAUAUAUCACAUGAUUAUGAUGUGGAAAAUAUUUGUAUUAAAUAAAAUUUUGAAAAUUU